AUGCCUAACUCAAGUGAGCAGUCGCAUUUUGGUGGCUCUUUGGGCCAAUGUGGUCCUGAAUGGACUGAAGGCCAGAUAGACGGGGCUGCAAGGCGCUGUCACAACUGUGGCGUCAUUGCAGGGCGUAGGAGUUCUUUGGCGCUGGUUGGGGAAGACGGUGGAGUGUGGUUUCACCAUCACCCAGAUCUUGACAAACAGGAUCCAGUCCUCCAGUCCUCCAUGUACAGGCAGAUCCAGCAACAGGAGUUACUGAGGAAGAACUCUGUGCCCGAUCUGAACAGCAGCCUGCACCUCAGAAUGGCAGGUCGGGUCUCUGCGCCACCUCAGGAUUAUUACCAGCCUGAUGCUCCUCCAUCUAGUCAGCCACCUGAAGAGUCUGGGUUUUAUAGGGAUAACCAGCACCUGCUCACCAGAUCAGCCUCGCAUUAUGGGCCCAGCCCUGAAGGAGGGAGGCCCUCGUGGGAUCAAGGACAAGCCAGGGCCACACCUUCCGUGUUUGCCUCUGUUUCUACACAUACCCUUCCACCUCCUCCCCCUCCCCCACCUCCUCCGCCACCGCCUCCCCCUCCCGUUCAUGAGCUGAGCCGUUUGUACAGGGAAACUCUGGGAUCUAAGAUGAUCCCAGACGCCCAGCGUAUUGGUGGCAGCUCUUCUUGUCCUGCAGUCCACGGGGUUCAACCCCCUCCUUCUAUUUACGCUACCGAGCCACCGUCUCUGUCUGCGCGCCAAGCUUAUAAUAAUAUCAACAUCUUGUCCUUGGACCCCCGCCAGCCAGCUGCCACCAAUUCAGUGGUGGACCCAGCUUCUCAGGGAAUGGACGGAGCUCUCCCCCGGGCGUAUGGAGCUAUAGCUUCCCAAAGGCUGCCUUAUGACCCAAACUAUGACCCCAACUCAGCAAUAGUGGCUGCCACAGCUGGAAUGCCCACCAACCUGCCUCAUCACCAUCCCAGUGCUGCAGACCCCAAGAGGAUGGUGGACCCUUCAUUCUUGACUUUCUUACGAGCUGAGGGCCUGGCUGAGAGCACUAUCACUCUCCUGCUGCAGCAUGGCUUUGACUCUUCCGGCAUGCUGGGGAUGAUGGAAGACCAUGAUGUCCGCUCUGUGGCCCCUAAUUUGGCCCAAGCUCGUGUCCUGUCCCGUGUGGUGCUUAAUUGCAAGACAGGUGCGGCAGGACCACGUACCCGAUCCAACAGCUUCAGUCAUCGCAAUGACCUCUACAUGCAGCCCCAGGGCUUGAGCAUGGACCCCAACCUGAUGCAGCACCCCCCUACCACCAUCCAAACUGUGUCCCCCAGGAUGGGAGAGUUUUUGGGAAGAAGACCCAGCAGCGCUCCAUCCCAACACCUCUUGGAGACCACCACCUACCAAGGAGCUAGGCCACUGGCAACUGGAGCUUUUCCAGUCAGUCCUGUUGGAUAUAGCACUGCUGUGACUCAGGGAAGACCCUUCUCCUUGUAUAAUGCCCAUACCGGCCUUGCCAUGUCUGCUCUUGGACAACAGCCUCCACCAGCCCCAGGCACCCCUGGAGCGGCGCCCAAAACCUUCUCUGGUUCCUACUCCCCCAUGGAGCUGAUGAAGAGAGCCCCCAACCUUCCUCCAGCAUCGCCAAUAGCUGCGCCAAGCCCCCUACACAGCCCACAACUUCUGCGGAAAGGGCUCAAUACUGCUCCCGAGAGUACCAUUGUUCCCGUUUCUUCUUCUUCCACUCUCCAAGUGCAGAACCUUAACAACACCAAGAUGGUAGGACGCCGCACUGGUCCACCUGUCAUAGUCUCAACCAUGGCCACCACACCUGACACAAGUAUUCGGCCCCAAAUCAUGAACGGGCCUAUGCAUCCGCGCCCCCUGGUGGCGCUGCUGGACGGGCGCGACUGUACCGUGGAGAUGCCCAUCCUUAAAGACUUGGCGACUGUCGCUUUCUGUGAUGCUCAGUCAACACAGGAGAUUCACGAGAAGGUGCUCAAUGAGGCAGUGGGAGCUAUGAUGUACCACACCAUCACCUUGACCAGAGAGGACCUGGAAAAGUUCAAAGCCCUACGCAUCAUCAUCCGCAUCGGCAGCGGCUACGACAACAUCGACAUCAAGGCUGCUGGAGAGCUUGGCAUCGCUGUGUGUAACAUUCCCUCGGCGGCUGUGGAGGAGACAGCAGACUCUACCUUGUGCCACAUCCUUAACCUUUACCGGCGAAACACCUGGCUCUACCAGGCUCUCCGGGAGGGCACGCGGGUCCAGAGCGUGGAGCAGAUCCGCGAGGUGGCAUCCGGUGCCGCCCGCAUCCGUGGUGAAACCCUGGGACUUAUCGGUUUUGGUCGUUCGGGCCAGGCUGUGGCGGUGCGGGCCAAGGUUUUCGGCUUCAACGUCAUCUUCUAUGACCCAUACCUGCAGGACGGCCUGGAGCGUUCGCUGGGCGUCCAGCGCGUCUACACCCUGCAGGACCUGCUCUACCAGAGCGACUGCGUCUCCCUGCACUGCAACCUGAACGAACACAACCACCACCUCAUCAACGACUUCACCAUCAAACAGAUGCGUCAGGGUGCGUUCCUGGUCAAUACCGCACGGGGAGGCCUGGUGGAUGAGAAGGCCCUGGCCCAGGCGUUGAAGGAGGGCAGGAUACGUGGAGCCGCCUUGGAUGUCCAUGAGACAGAGCCCUUCACUUUUGCUCAGGGCCCUCUGAAAGACGCUCCGAACCUGAUCUGCACACCACACACAGCCUGGUAUAGUGAGCAGGCCUCUCUGGAGAUGAGAGAGGCUGCCGCCACUGAGAUCCGAAGAGCCAUCACCGGCCGUAUCCCUGACAGCCUAAGAAACUGCGUCAACAAGGAGUUCUUUGUCACCACGGCACCCUGGGCUGUUAUGGAUCAACCAGGUGUUCACCCUGAGCUCAACGGCGCUGCCUACAGAUACCCGCCAGGUGUGGUUGGAGUGGCUCCAGGAGGCAUCCCGGGGGCGUUAGAGGGCAUGGUGCCAGGUGGGGUGCCCAUCGCCCACACCUUGCCCUCUGGUACACACCCCUCCCAGGCCCCGUCGCCCAACCAACCCUCCAAACACGGCGAGACCAGAGAGCACCUCACCGAGCAAUAGCAGCAGAAGGGAUACAAACGGCAACUUCUCAUCUCCAACCCGUCAACACUCAGAACCUACCAAUCACAAAGCAACCGACCAACUGGGACCAAGAGACAGUGAAACGACUCAAGCGGGCUGCCUGUCAAUCAGUCAGCAACUGGGAACAAAAGAAGUGUUCCGGGGAAUUUGUACUUUUAACGUUUUAGUUUUUACUCUCUCUGUCUCUUUGGGUUCAGUACCGACUUUACUCUUUGAUGAUGAUGAUGAUGAUGUUUUGGGGUUUUUUUUUUUUCGUUUUGUUUUCUUCGGGACACGCCUAUGAUUGUGGACAGAGAGUCCAGUGUUUUUAGCACUCCGGGAUUACCCAGCCACGCCAUGAGACUCUGUCCCUGACCCCUUACACCUCAGAGCUCAUGGGAAACGUAGGCCUACAUCUCGACACACCAACGGGAGAACAAGAGAAAAAAAACUUUGGCAUCAUGUGCUACUGGACCUUAUUCCCCCCCUCCUUCCCCCUCCCAAUCUCCCUCUCUCUGAUCCUCCCCACCUCUCCUCCCCCAUAGCUCCAACCCUCCUUAUGUAACUAUUGUGUGUUGUUUAGGCCCCUCAUUAUGCCUCAGAAGAGAAUUUUUCUUUUUCUUUUGAUCUUCAGUGUGAAUGACUUAAAAUGGAUUAUCAACUUAUAUAUAUUUAUCAUUCGUCAAACAAAAAGAAAAGAUUGCUCAUCAGUUAUAGUAAUCUAGAGUGGGUUUUAACCCUUUCCUGGCAAUAAUACAUAAUGACAGCUAUCAGUUACAAUGUUUCACCACUAGAGGGCAUAGUUCGCUCCAGUAUAUCAUCUGUGGAGAUUAUUUUCUGAGGCCGUCAGCAGGAAACACUAAACUAAACUUGACAUGUUUGAUUGCAACUGAAGUUUAAUGAAUCCAGAGGGAGGUGCCAGCUAAGUAUUUAACUUUUCUUUUUUUAGUUAUUAAGAGUCGUGUCAGUGUGACGGGAGAGAACAUUUUCCAUAAUCAUAAAAAAAACCGAGGAGGUCCAUGUGACUGCAUCUGUGCUGACAAACUGACAUUUCUGGAGAUGACUGACAGCCACCGGACACCUGAUCUCAUCCACUUCAGCGGCAGCAGCGGACAAAUCGCGACCCCCCCCCCUCCAUUCUUUGAGCACACUUCACACUCUUGAAGACAGGAAAGGGUUAAAGCAAACUUUUCUUAAUGACUCAGGAAAACACUUUUUUGCAGAUAUUGUUUAUUCCCAGAAUUUUGUCUUUGAGGAAAAAAAAAAAAAGAUAUGACUAAUCUGGUUAGUCUGGAUAUUUUCUCUUCCCUCAUCCUCUCCAUUGUGGUAUUUUUAUAUACAAGGCGCAUCCCACGUUUUUGGUGUUAAAGAGUUUUGAAGAGUCCUGUUAGAUUUGUAUUGCCUAGUUAAAUGUUCCUAUAACCAUAGUCCUAUGUGAUCCACCCUCUCUCUUUUCUCUCUCUUAUAUUUUCUUCUAUUGAAGGCCAGGUUCUUUGGGGCAUCUUGUACUCUGUAAGAGCAAUAGCAGAAACUCCUUAGUGUCCCAACAAUAGCAGACGAGGCAGCCAGCAGUAUGUUUUUGUUUUUAGUGUGAGUAUUUGUAUUUGUUUCUUGUACAAGGUGAACAUUUAGCAUUCAGUGCAGUUCAAAUAAAAGAUACGAUUCUGAGAACCAGCUGUCUGUACCGACUGUUUGAUUAUGGAGAUCGGCACUUUUUGUAUGUUGCAUUAACAGAAGAGAAUGUUCAGAUUUUCUUAUUCAACAUCAUCUUUUCAUAUUGUUUCAUCCCAUGUCACAGGAGGGCGCCAGAGUAUCAACAAGUUCUCAUAACCAAUGAUAAAAUGCAGCCUACAAGCCAGCAAUGAGUCAUGAAAAGAAACCACAAACAAAAAGGAAACAGGCAAUACUUGCUAACCCGAUAAUAAAAUAAACUAUUAAAUCAUUUGGAGGUGAUGAAAAGCUCACUGUAUUUAAAGUAAUUCAACACUUAUUGUAUCAGGUAAACAUUUUCUACUCCUCCAGAACUUUGAAUCAGCAAAGAAACGUCUACUCUUAUAAAUUGUCUGAAUC